AUGGCCGCCGUGCUCCCGCUCUGCCUUCUUCUCGUGCUUCUCCUCGCCAUCCCGCUCCUCUUCCUGAAGACCAGGCGCCCGCCGCCUGCCGUGCGGCUCCCGCCGGGGCCGUGGGCGCUGCCGGUCAUCGGCCACCUGCACCAUCUGGCGGGCGCGCUCCCGCACCGCGCGCUGCGCGACCUGGCGCGGCGCCACGGCCCGCUCAUGAUGCUCCGCCUCGGCGAGCUCGACGCCGUGGUGGCGUCGUCCCCGGACGCGGCGCGCGAGAUCAUGAAGACCCACGGCGCCUCCUUCGCGUCCAGGCCGAUGACCUGCAUCCAGCAGAUGGCGUACGGCGACGACGAGGGCCUCAUCUUCGCGCCCUACGGCGAGGCGUGGCGGCAGCUCCGCAAGAUAUGCACCGUCGAGCUCCUCAGCUCCCGCCGGGUCCAGUCCUUCAGCUCCGUCCGCGAGGAGGAGCUCGGCCGCCUCCUCCGCUCCGUCGCGGCCUCCGCUAGUUCGCCGGUGAACCUGACCGAGGGCAUAUCGGCCUACGUCGCGGACGCCACCGUGCGCGCCAUCGUCGGCAGCCAGUUCAAGCAGCGGGACGCGUACCUGAAGAUGCUGCACGACGGGCUCGAGAUCGUGCCCGGGAUGACCCUUCCCGACAUCUUCCCCUCCUCGCGCCUCGUGCGGUUCUUCAGUAGCGUCCCCGGCCGGAUGUUGCGCCAUAGCCAGGGGAUGAAACAAUUCAUGGACGCCAUAAUCCAGGAGCACCAGGAGAGCAGAAUGUCGGGUGGCGGCGACGGCGGCGACAGAGAAGAAAAAGACUUGCUCGAUGUCCUCCUGAGGCUCCAAAAGGAAGCUAACUCUGAAUAUCCGCUCACCACGGACAAUAUCAAAACCGUCAUGCUGGACAUGUUUGGCGCCGGGAGCGAGACGGCGGCGACGACGCUGCAGUGGGCGAUGGCGGAGCUGAUACGGAACCCGAGGGUGAUGCGGAAGGCGCAGGACGAGGUCCGGCAACACUUCGCCGGCCAGGGCAAGGUGACCGAGGCCGGCCUGGCGCACCUGCACUACCUGCGGGUCGUCGUGAAGGAGACGCUCAGGAUGCGCCCCCCGGCGCCGCUGCUUCUGCCGCGCGUGUGCGGCAGCCCGUGCCAGGUGCUCGGGUUCGACGUGCCGGAGGGCGCCAUGGUGAUGGUGAACGCGUGGGCGAUCGGCAUGGACCCGGCGCACUGGGACGCGCCGGAGGAGUUCGCGCCAGAGCGGUUCGAGAGGAACGGGAGGGACUUCAAGGGGGCGGACUUCGAGUUCCUGCCGUUCGGCGCCGGACGGCGGAUCUGCCCCGGCAUGGCGUUCGGGCUGGCGCACGUGGAGAUCGCGCUCGCGGCGCUGCUGUUCCACUUCGACUGGGAGCUGCCGGGCGGGAUGGCGGCCGGGGACCUGGACAUGACGGAGCAGUUUGGUGUCACGACAAGUCUCCGGUCUGAUCUCGUCGUCGUCGCCGUCCCUCGUGUCCCUGUGCCAACGGAGUAGCAUAUGUUUGCGGGGUUGUGGUGCUGUUCAUCCUAGUCUUUGUUGACCCAUAUAAAUAUCACGAGUUCAUUUGAGUGCACAACUAGUUGGGCCGUCGGCACACACAAUGCGCGCCACCGCACGGUCGCGCUUUCGUUU